CGUCGAGUGGUUCAAUGUUGUCAGUGAGACAGACGCUCAUCAUCUUGACAAGUGAUCGGAGCAAGCCAGGAGACGAGGCGAGCAUCAUAGCUCACUUUAUAUUUGGCUACAAACACGAGAGUUUAGGAAUCAACUGUCCUACGGCAGGUGAACGACGCCAAAGAAUCUUUCGUUAAUCAGCAAUCGGGACCCAAAAGCUUCUCACUUAGCAAUUUAGCAUUAGCCAGCCAAGUGUUGCCAUUAACAACACAAGGAGAGCUUCUGAUUCUCCGAACUGUCAUCCGUUCAGCCUACGAUCAGGAGGAACGAACGAGUGACGGUGUCAACAAAACCCGAGCGGACUCGUCUGCGAUGCAGUGGUCACUACUCGGCUAGCUGGAGUGGGCGGCAAGACGUCAGAGUGAGGAUUCGCAGCCAAUCAGCGACGACAACGGAACUGCAGUAACCAGCCGGAAAUACAGGGACGUGUCUAUUUUUUUUUUUUUCUGCCGCGAAGGUUUGUUUUCACUCUGCAACAGCGAGUCACUAUUUGGGAUUCGGGAUUUAUCGACUGAUUUGGGUCAUCAUGAGUAAACGAAAAGCCAAAAGUGUUCCAAAGCCAAUCGGCGAAUGUAUCACACAGCUUCACAAAUGUCUGAGAGAGCGAUUUUGCCACGAUCAGCUUCCCAGCACGCUCGAGGAAUCAGAGGCCCAACACAAACACUUACUGGGGUUGCUCCAGCGAACCGCCAUCCACGGGGAGAGCAACUCUGCGCUCAUCAUAGGUCCCAGGGGAUCCGGGAAAACUGUGCUCCUCAAAUGCGUGUUAAGAGACCUGCUGCAGGAAAAGGAAGUACAGAAGAACCUCCUGCAGGUCCAUCUCAACGGCCUCCUGCAGACUGACGACCGAAUAGCCCUGAAAGAAAUAACACGACAACUCAACCUGGAAAAUGUUGUCGGCGACAAAGUAUUUGGGAGCUUUGCGGAGAACUUGGUCUUCCUGCUGGAGGCACUCAAGAAAGGCGACCGCAGCAGUACUCGUCCAAUCUUGUUCGUCCUGGAUGAGUUUGAUCUCUUCGCUCACCACAAGAACCAAACUCUGCUCUACAACUUGUUGGACGUGUCCCAGUCGGCCCAGGCGCCGGUCGCUGUGGUCGGGCUCACCUGCAGGCUGGAUGUCCUGGAGUUGCUGGAGAAGAGGGUGAAAUCGCGCUUUUCCCAUCGUCAGAUCCACAUGCUGAGCAACCUGAGCUUCUCUCAGUACCAAGAGCGAGUCGCAUCCCAGCUCAGCCUACCCGACGACUUUCCCGACAGGAGCUUCGCUGAAGACUGGAACAGCGGCGUGCAGAGUCUUUGUAAAGACAGAUCAGUGGAGGAGAUUUUACGGAGACAUUUUAACUUCAGUAGAGACUUUCGCUCUUUGCACAUGCUACUGAUGUUGUGCUUGAGUCGCAUCUCUCCAGUAAAUCCCAUCAUCAAGCCGGCUGACGUACUGGAAGCCAGCAGAAUGUGCUUCAGCGAUUCCAUGUCCAACAUGCUUCAUGGUCUUUCCAUCCUGGAACUGUGCCUGGUCAUUUCCAUGAAACACCUCAACGACGUCUACGGAGGAGAGCCCUUCAACUUCCAGAUGGUUUACAACGAGUUUAAGAAGUUCCUCCAGAGAAAGUCCAACUCCAUGUACAACUUUGAGCAGCCUGUUGUCAUCAAGGCCUUCGAACACCUGCAGCAGAUGGAAUUGAUCCGACCUGUGGACGGAUCUUCGGCCAAAACUCAGCGGGAAUACCAGUUGAUGAAACUCAUGCUGGACAGCAGUCAGAUCAUUGAGGCCCUGCAUAGAUAUCCGCAAUGCCCCACAGAUAUUAAACAGUGGGGCAUGUCUGCCUUCGCUUAAGAAUGAAAUCUUCGCCCUCUGCCAUUUUAUUGAUGUACAAUUUUCUACAAUAAUAAAGAUAUUAUUUUUUCCAA